AAGUUUCCGGGUCACAAUCACAGUCACACUCCUUCGACGCCCCUUCUUCUCUAUAACUCUAUUUGUCUCAGAGCUGCAGUCUGCAGACCUCUGUUGACUGGUGCACAGAGAAAACCGAGCUCCACCAUAGAGCGAUUUUUCUCAAUCAUGAACGGCAAAAUAUAGACUAGCAGUCCGUUAAUCAACUUCAAGAUGGAGAAUGCUUUUCCUGCACCGACCAUGGAGAACGUUAUCCUAAUCAUCGACAAGUUGCCUCCUAUUUCCACUCGCCACGGUUUCCAGGAUAAUCCUUUGUAUGCAUAUACGUUGGAAUCCAUUAGUGCUGUGUACCACAUGGAACUAAAAACAAUAUUUGAGAGUCCAUUCAACAUGGCUGGGAAAAUAGAUUCUGUCUAUGUCAAUUUCGAAAACCAGGGAUGGUUUUGGAUUGACCCUCAAGGAGUCGAUUUUUUUAAUAAUGUAACUCAAAGGAGGUUGGAGAACAUGUUGACCGAGUUGUUUGCUGAUGGCAUCCUCAUAAAUGCGGUGACUAAUGAAGCGUCAUGGAGGCGGGUCGACAUCGAGCAAGUGUUUGCCACUUUCCCGGCCAACACUCACAUUACAGGUUGUCUCUCUGGUGAAGCUGCUCAAGGUUCUAUGACUUUCAUGGACUAUAUUUCAUCGAUGCAACUUGGUGAAACAUAUGUUUUUGUGUUUGGCGGAUUUAUCGGUGGAGACACGGAAAUGUUCAUCACUGAGAAUGUGAAAGUUUCCAACUAUUCCAUAUACCCCUAUAGUUCUAUCAGCGCAAUUGUCAACCAGUUGGAACUUCAAUUUAGUGGUCAGUAGCAUUGAAGAAGAAGAGCUUGUAAGGUGUAGAACCACUGCAUUAUAUAUCAAGACAUUUUCUUAACUUCAUUUUCAGGAUGUUUGGUAUUUUAAGAUUUCUACCCCGUUAAACCCUAUGAUGGGAGUAUGCAAUAAUUAAUGACCUAUUUGGGCUAA